AUGGGAUACCCGAUGCCGGUCCCCGUGGGCACCGAUCCGACCAAGGCGUACGGCCUCUUCAACGAAGCCUACAUGACCGAGGCCAAGCUGGAGUUCGCCUUCCAGUUCCUCCAGUGCUUCGAAUUCGGCCUCAUCAAGGCCAGCAUCAUCCUGUUCUGCCGGCGCAUCUUCGUCAGCCGCCGUGGGACCCUCAUGGACUGGUGUUCCGCCAUCCUUUUGGCCAUUGUCGUCCUCUGGUCCGUCGGCUUCCUCUUUGCCCUCAUCUUCGGAUGCGGCAAAAAUGUAGCCCUUCACUGGGCUCCUCUCCAGGUGCUCGAGGAGUCGGGCUGCGACGGCAUCACCCCCGAGAAGGCGAACUUGUAUUCCGACCCGAUCCUGGACUUGCUUAUCCUGGUGCUUCCUUUCCCUUCGGUGCGUCGUCCACAAGCUACGAUAUGCAUCUGGCGCCUCAACAUGUCCACGGGCAAGAAGCUAGCCGUCACUGCCGUCUUCCUGGUCGGCAUCAUG